CAACGUAGUACAAGUGGUCGUGACUGCCGGCGGUGAACCUUCGUGAGCUGAGCUGGAUGAAAUGCCUUCUGUCGCGGCUAUAGCAGACAGGUGAACACUGCCGCGGGAUGAGGUGAACGGACGGGUCGCACUGAGCAUGGGUCUUUUGGAAGCCGCACUCAACGCCUCUGUACUGCUCGCUGCCACCGAGGCCGGAGGCAGCGGUGGUCUGAACGGCGCGUUCGACGACGGCUCCGGAGGCACAAGUACCAUAUCCGGAACCGGAAACGCCACAAACGACAGCGUGGCCUCUGAUAGUAGCGGCCACUCGGCGCCCUACUCGCUUCCCGAGGUGAUACUGAUAGCCUUCCUAGCCGCUCUGUUGAGCGCGGUGACCAUCAUCGGAAACCUGAUGGUCAUGAUCUCGUUCAAGCUAGACAAGCAGCUACAGACCAUCAGCAACUACUUCCUGCUCAGCCUGGCCAUUGCGGACUUCUCCAUCGGGGUCAUAUCGAUGCCCCUGUUCACCAUGUACACUCUGUACGACCACUGGCCCCUGGGUCCCUUCAUAUGCGACACGUGGCUCGCGUUCGACUACCUGACCAGCAACGCGUCGGUGCUUAACCUGCUAAUCAUCAGCUUCGACCGGUACUUCUCGGUGACCCGGCCACUGACAUACCGGGCCCGGAGAACCACCAAGAGAGCGGCCAUCAUGAUCGCCAGCGCCUGGGUCAUAUCCCUGGUACUCUGGCCGCCAUGGAUCUACUCGUGGCCCUACAUUGAGGGUCAGCGCAGCGUCCCGCUGGACCGCUGCUACAUCCAGUUCUUGGAGACCAACAUAUACGUGACCUUCGGGACGGCCCUGGCAGCCUUCUACGUGCCGGUGACGGUCAUGUGCAUUCUGUAUUGGCGCAUCUGGCGUGAGACAGAGAAGCGCCAGAGGGACUUGACCCAACUCCAGGCGGGCCGUAAGGAGACCGGCGGCAGCCGGAAGUCGACGUCCAGCGACGACCCCGCCGAGUCGGAGGACUUCCGCCGCGGCCGCAGCGACUCCUGCCCGCCGGACGUGGAAACCACGUACGUGCCCACUUCGCUGUGCGUCGAGACUUCCAAGUACCUGCCUCCGGCUGCGCCCAAGAGGCGCCGACUUCGCGACGUGCUCCUCUCCUGGUGUCGCAUCGACAACGACAAGGAGGACGACGACAGCACCAGCCAUGGAGGUUCGCCCGGCACCCAGACUCCGGCGUCCAUAGAGACGCCCGUGCAGUCGGCCUCGAUGACCUUCCGGGCGGACCAGUUGGUCCAGUUGAACCCGGCUGGACGUACUGGAACGGGAACUGGCAGCGCCAUCUCCAGCAUAGGAGGCGGCGGUGGCGGCGCCGGUGGCGUCAGUAUUCCCAUGACCGAUCGCAACGGCCUCCGACGCAACGAGAAGACCGGUGCGACGGCAGCGGCCACGUCGGCGUCCCGCUCCUACUCGUCCGAUUCGGUGUACACCAUACUGAUCCGACUGCCGACGCAGCCGUCGCUAGAAGGCGAGACAUCACAGGCUUCCAUCAAGAUGAUCCUGGAAGAGGACGCCGAAAAGCACGAGGCCGCCGGCGGCGCGGCGUCUUCCGGUGCGGCCGCGGCGUUCGCACGGACGUCGUCCGAGGACUCGACGGUGGCCAUGAGGACCGGGGACUCCGGGUUGGAGACCAUCCGAAUACCGCUGAACACCAAACUAGUGCACCGCCAGGUGGUCGCCAAGCAGCGGGCGGCACCCAAGAAGAAGCGGAAGCAGCAGGAACGCAAGCAGGAGAAAAAGGCCGCCAAGACGCUGAGCGCCAUUCUGCUGGCCUUCAUCGUCACCUGGACGCCAUACAACGUGCUGGUGCUCAUCAAAACCGUCUCGUCGUGUGACGACUGCAUACCGACGGGUCUGUGGAACUUCGUCUACUAUCUGUGCUACAUCAACAGCACGGUGAACCCGCUGUGCUACGCGCUGUGCAAUGCGAACUUCCGCCGGACAUACAUGCGCAUCCUGUCGUGCAAGUGGCACAACAAGCAGCGGUCCAUGAACCGCGGCUACUUCACCUGAAGCGGCCCACCGGGAUCUAGUGGCGCUCCUCUCUGAAGACCACGGCUUUGUCGCCUUGAAGAGAACGUUACCUUCUCCCAUUCUCUCUUAUCUGUCGGAAACCUCGAGCAGUAACGAAGCUCCCAGCGGAGCCGAGGUCGUAUGAACGUCCUGUAUUUGCGAUUCGAGUACGCCUUUUUGUGACAGGCAUGUUGAAGUUUAAGGCUACAGACCUUGCUCUCGCAGAAGAGGCGCCGUCUGUUGCACUUAGCCUUUACCGUAGAAAGUCGAGGAAUCUCGAAGGAGCCGAACACAACCGGGGCCGAGAAUACGAGAAAGCUCGAGUGACAAAUCUUUUGCGCAAGUGGGCUUCCGCGACGUCGUGAAAGAGUGCGCUUACGUGUGCGGCGUAACACUAUGCACUUAGUGGCACCUUUCUGCACGGCGCUUGACCAGCUUCUUAUUGCGGGAAGAGCGGCCGCUGCUGCGGUGGGUGGGUGACCACUCUUCGGUGUGUUCGACUACGGUGAUCAUUAUUUGAGGAUGACUACCUGCAGUGCGCUCAAGUGCUCCCAGUCUAGCAGAGUGAUGAGAUGGAUUUUGUCGAAUGGUGAGGCGCGAUCCAGCGUCAUGACUUUAGGUACAGCUUUGCAAGUUGUACGCGCCUCUGGAUUGCGGUGUCCUAUCUGUGCCAAACCUGUCCUUCCAAAUGUUUAUACAAAUAUGUUAGUCUGAUGUAAAAGAGAAAGUGCAAUUCAAAGCGCGAAAUGAUACAGCUCACUGGUUUUUCUACGAUAGCGAGACAGUAAGUUGUAAACUGUAGAAUCUUCUUGAAAUCUUUAUGUAGGAGGUUCCUUUAGUGCCAAAUAUUGAGGCUGCCUCGGGGUGCUAUGUCAAGAGAAGGCGAUGGUGAGGAUGGUAAUGGAGGUGUUGCAACAGGCAGGGUUAUCCUGGCAUACAAAGCCGGCAAUUGUACAGCCCGAAAGCCUCACGUGUUGAUAGUAUGGUUGUGUCAUCAGCGGUUGAUCAGUCCCGUGUCUCGCAGCCAUCUAUAGAAAAUCUUGUCUAAAUGUAUUCAGUAAAUGUGGCAAUUUCUAAUGGUGGAUUAAAGAGAAUAAUUCUAUAAUUCAAAGUGCGUAUACACCAAGUCGACACUCUAAUUAAAAAAAAGUGUAGAAACCAAACGCGAGCAUU